CUAUGAAGAAACCAAAAUGAAAAAUAUGGCAUUUUGAGCACCGUGCAUAUGUUGAACAUUUUGAAGAAGAAAUUUGCAAAUUUCAAUUUCCAGCAUUUUUUUUUUUAGAUAAUUAAUUUUGGUAUAAAUUAUAAGCUUCUUUUUUCCUGAAAACAAAAUAAUGACGGGAAGUCCUGCACAGUACAUCACGUGAUCAACGUUUUGUGGAAGACAAUCAAAGGUGUUGAGCACCGCCACGGGUCUCGUAAGAGAAUGUACGACCAGCGUCUAAAUUUUGGGCUCACCGCGGUCCGCUUUCUUUUUCGAACAAUCGAAAACGUUUUUUUUCACUUGUCCGGCUCUCUUCGUUAUACGUUUCGUUGACCUUUUCAAAAGUCUGGACCAGUUUUUAAGCUCGGAAGAUUGGACUCGAAACGAAGAGAAAAAAAAGUCAUUGUGCAAAUGACAGUUCCAUAUCUUUAUAAAUAUAUAAAAGCCGAUGUUGCCUGCUUCACAUUCGAGUUCUCGCGGUUGCCCAAAUUAGUCGGACUCCCGCGCUCACUUGUACGUUAAACUUCACCGGAACAAUAGCUCGCCAAUUGUUUCACCAAUUUCUGGCUCUCAACCGCGAAGUGUCGCUAAUUAAACGCGGUCGAUAUUAUUGGCGGGGAUGAGAAUUUGAUAGUGGAAAAGAGGCAUUUUUUUCAAUUCUGCGACCGACUCUUUGCGCUCUUGGUGUUGUUGCGAGUGAAGAGCGCGACGGCUCUUGUUGUUGCGCGCGCUCUAUAUCGUUUAGUUUCUCAUCAGCCGCGUCGAAGAAUCGUUGCGUUUCCAUCCUAUAAAAAACUCGACUGAAUAGUGGAGAGCUAAAAAAAGAGUUUUUACAGUCAUUAAUUUUGCGUUGGGAGCUUUCGAAAAUUUGAUUUCUUUAAUUAUUAUAAUAUCGCGGGUUUUGAGCCAAUGAACACUUUCUCAUUCGCUAUGACGUUUCAAUAUUACGCUGUGAUCGAAAAAUAAUAAAAUAUAUAAUGGUGUUUUGAUACUUCGUUGAGAUUUUAAAUUCGCGUGAGAAAAAAUGUCACAUCGGUCCAUCGUUUUGGCGCGUAAUCUGUCGAAUCACUGCAGCUCGACGUACAAAAUUAGCGUGCCCAAUCUCAAGCUCGAAGCGGAUCAAUCGAUCGUCCUGACUGCGGCUCGCGAACGGACGGACGUUCAACCCUACGAGAAAAUUCCCGGUCCCAGGGGGAUUCCGCUGCUUGGAAACACUUGGCGAUUCUUGCCAUACAUUGGCGAUUUCAAAAUUCAAGAGGUCGACAAAGUUUCCAAACGGUUGCACAAAGAAUACGGUGAUGUUGUCAAGGUGGAAGGACUUCUGGGCAGGCCGGAUAUGGUUUUCGUUUACGACCCGAACGAGAUAGAGAGGAUUUUUCGUCAGGAGGAAAAAAUGCCUUUCCGUCCGUCGAUGCCAUCGCUCAAUUACUACAAACACGUGAUGAGAAGAAACUUUUUUGAUAGUGAAAAUAACGCCGGAGUGAUUGCCGUUCACGGUGAAAGCUGGUACAAUUUUCGUAGUAAGGUUCAACAAGUGAUGCUCCAACCGAGAACCGCGGGCAUGUACAUUGGCGCAAUCGAAGAAGCGAGCUCUGCUUUCGUCAGGAGAAUCGAGAAAAUAAAAGACGAGCAUGACGAGGUGCCGGGACACUUUCUCAACGAAAUUAAUAAGUGGUCCCUCGAGUCAAUAGCCCGAAUCGCUCUCGACACGAGACUCGGAUGCAUGGACGACGAUUCGAACGUUGAGACUCAGCGGUUGAUCGAUGCCGUUCACACGUUUUUCACGAACGUGGGUAUUCUCGAAUUGAAAAUUCCUUUUUGGAAAUUAUUCCCAACUCCCACGUGGCGAAAAUACGUCGAAGCACUCGACACGAUUCUCAAUUUCACAUCGAAGUACACGAAAAUCGCUAUAACGAGAAUCAAUGACAGAAAAGAUAACGAGCCGAGGGAACUUUCGCUUUUGGAGCGGAUAUUGCAGUCGGAUGGAAACGAAAAUGAGAAAACAGCGACGAUUUUGGCCCUCGACUUGUUCCUCGUUGGAAUAGACACCACCGCGAACGCGGUAGCUUCGGUGCUCUAUCAGCUCGCUUGCAAUCCGUGCAAGCAAGCCAUUCUUCACGAGGAGAUAGAGCGUGAGCUGCCCGUCCAGGACGCGAGGAUCGAGCGUGCCCAUGUGGAUAAAUUACGAUAUGUAAAAGCGUGCAUCAAAGAAACUCUGAGAUUACGACCGGUAGUUAUUGGCAAUGGUCGCUGCACGACCAAAGAAACUAUUAUAGGAGGAUUCCGAGUGCCGGAAGGAGUUCACGUGAUAUUUCAACACUACGUAAUCAGUAAUGAAGAAAAGUACUUCCCGCGUUGCGACGAAUUCCUGCCGGAACGAUGGUUGGAGGAAAGUGAGCAAAGACACGCAUUUGCGUCGUUACCAUUUGGCUACGGCAGACGCAUGUGUCUUGGUCGACGGUUUGCCGAUCUGGAGAUAGUGAUGAUAGUCAGCAAGAUCGUGCAGGCUUUCAGGCUCGAAUACCAUCACGAUAAAUUGGAUUACCACAUAAAUCCUCUCUACACGCCGAAAGGACCGCUGAAGCUGAAAUUCAUCCGAAGAUAAUAAUGAUAAAAUCAUAAUUAUUAAUCGAGAAAUUCCCCACUCAUUCGCAGCAACUCACAUGGAAAGUUAGGUGACCAGUGUAAUGCUUGUUUUUUUAUCAUUAUUUUUACGUUUAUAGAAAUUCAUUAGUUUGCUCUUUUAUUGUAAAAAUUACAAAUAAAUAUACUGUUUACAAAUAAA